AUGCAAAAAGGUAGAAACAAUAAGAAUGAUCAAGUAGAAUAUCUAGAAACUCCCAUCAAAUCGGAGUAUGACAAGAAGGAAUAUAGAGCUAUCAGAUUACCAAAUGGUUUAGAAGCUUUGCUAAUAUCCGAUGAAGAUUCAAAGACAUGCUCUUCUCAACAUCAAGAUAUGAAAAAUGAAAUGAAGGCAGCAUGUUGCUUAUGUGUGAGAACAGGAACUUUCAAAGAGCCACCAGGAUUUUCAGGCAUAUCAUGUUUCUUCGAGUAUUUACUUAUGACUGAAUUCGAAAAACAUUGCCUAAAAUAUGAUAUUGUAAAACUUACUUAUAAACAUGGAGGCAGCUUUAAGUACUUAUUUGAUUACGACGAAUAUACAUUGUCGUUUGUUAUUGAUAUUCAAGAAAAACACUUUUUAUCAGUUCUUAUUCAUUUUGCUGAAUUUUUCACUAACCCUUUUCCGGAAAAAGAAGCAUUUAUGCAGAACCGAAGCAACAUAAAAGGAGAAUUUCAGACAGCUUUAACUUUAGCCAAGAACAGAGUUCCUCAACCACAGCUUUCUUCCUUUACGCGAACUGAUCAUCCAAUCAACCAGAUUAUUGAAGAUCGUAUUAUAAAAGAGUACGAAAAUUUGGAUUACACAAAAUUAUACGAAGAGCUACACAAAUUCAAAAAGCGCCAUUAUAGUGCUCGCAGAAUAAAGCUGGUUAUACAGGCAAGAUUACCGCUGAAUACAUUGGAACAAUAUGUCACAAUUGAUACGUGUUUUGUUAAUAUACCAACUAACAAACUAUCUCCCGAUGAUUCUACCAAGUUAAUAAAAAAUAAUGUUCCUUUUGAUAGCGCCGCUUUUCAUAAAAUGUAUAAAAUUUCUUCUUCGAAACAUGUUGGACAACUAAAAAUAGCAUGGGUCAUGCCUCCGCUAUAUGCUUUAUAUAAAAGUAAACCAUAUAAAUAUAUCUCGUGGCUUAUUGGAAAUGAAGAAAAAGGUUCCCUAAUGAGUUAUCUACGCAAAAAAAUGUGGAAUGUUAGUGUUUCCAAUGAGGAAAUUUGUUACAAUGUACAUACUACCGCGUACAGCUUACUCAAGAUUGAUAUAGAUUUCUCCAUUGAAGGAAAACGACAUGUAAAGGAGGUUCUAGAUACAAUAUUUUCCUAUAUUAAUAUGUUAAAGCAGAAAGGUCCACAAAAAAACAUUUAUGAUGACUUUAGUAAGACUGCAGAAAAUAGUUUUAGAUAUUCUGAGGAAAAGGAUCCAAGGGAUAAUGUGAGCAAUUUAUGUAUACAUUUGUAUCAGUACCCAUCGCGCGAUUAUCUAACUGGAAGCAAGAUUUAUUUUGAAUAUGAUCCAAAAACUAUAACAAAUAUUUUGAAUUAUUUGACGCCAGAGACUGCGAAUAUUAUGAUUUUCGACAAAAACUUUGACUAUCUGGAAUUAGAUAAAGUCAAUUCAUGGUCGAGAGUAUCGUAUACAGACAGCGAGAUAUCACAGGAAUGGCUCGAACACUGGAAAUCCAUCGAACCUUUGCCAGAUUUUCAUUUGCCAAAAAAUGUGAAUCCUUAUCUUGGUGUUCAAUAUUUUUUAGAACCAUUGCCAGCAAAAGUUCCAAAAUAUCCUGUAAAAUUGUAUAAUGAUAGUAUAUCAGAGCUUUGGUAUCGCCCAGAUCCUAAGUUUCGUUUGCCAAUAUCACAUAUAUAUACACAUUUUAUUUCCUCCGUAGGACUUCAGUCACCGGAGAAUGCCGCUCUCAUGACAGUGUACUGCAACAUAAUAAAACUGCUAGUGGUGGAAGAAUUAUAUUCAGUUGUAGCGGGUGGACACAGCUAUGACAUCAGUGUUAGUGAGAAAGGAAUUAUAACAAAAAUAUCCGGAUCUAUGCCAAUCGUAUUGUUGUUAAAUAUCAUAAAAUACAUGAUAUAUCCGAAUGUUAAGAAGGAAAUGUUUGAAACAAUCAGAGAUCAACAAGUUGAUAUCUAUAGUGACAUAAUUACUGAACCUGAGAAACUCGCUGAGGAUGUGAGAUUAUGGAUACAAAAGUUAGUCCAUUAUACAUACGUCGAUAUGCACAAUGCUCUACGAAAUGUCAGUUUUGAAGAAUUCCAAAAUUUUGCAAAAUGUUUUACAAAUCGUCUAUACAUUCAGCAUCUCAUACAAGGCAAUAUAACGCAGGAUGCUGCGAUCGAAUCUAUGCAACAAUGUUUUGAAGCAUUAAAAUGUGACUCUUUACAUUCUAGUAUGAUGCAACCGAAUAGAGUCUUUCAGAUACCCUUGGGCACAAGUUAUUACAAAUUAAAAAAUAUCAACAAAUGUGAUCCAACUUCCAUUGUGAUAGAUACUUAUCAAAUAGAUAUCACGUCAAUUGAGUUAUCAGUGUUAAUGAAACUAAUAAUCAUGAUAAUGGAAAAACAAUUGUCACUGAAAUUUCAAUCAAUCCAAAAUGAUCUUAUACAACAUACUUCAUGCAACUAUACAGAUGUCGAUGGAAUUUUAACAUAUUCUAUUAGUGUCAUUCAAUCAUUGCCAAAUAAAUCAUACACAACUGAACUUAUUAAGGAGUGGAUCGAUAGAUUUCUGGAAUAUUUUAAAGACUUUUUGGAUGAAUUGUCAGAAAAUGACUUAGAUGAUGUUAAGGAAAGAUUAAGAAUAUUUAAGCAACAUGCUGAUAUGAAUAUUGAAGAAGAAAUUAAUAGAAAUUGGAAUGAGAUCAUAAAGUGUCAAUACAUAUUUGACAGAUACGAGAGAGAAAUACUUGCAUUAAACAAUAUAAAAUUAAACGAACUAAGAGAAUGGUUUGAUAAGUACACGUGGAAUGAAAAUUAUGUGAAAAAAUUGAGUAUACAUGUUAUAGGAAGUGAUUCCGCUGAAGCGCAGUCCAUUGCUUUGGAAUACAUAAUCGACGAACAUCAACAUAAGAACAUUGAAGAAAAUUAUAUUAUUAAAGUAGAAGAAUACCAGAAAAAACUUUUUGUUUAUCCAGUAACUGAGGGAUAA